UCCUCCUGCACAUAAACAAAAUUCAUCCUAUAUUACAAUUUUGUAUGUAUUCGAAUAUUCAAAAGCUCUGUUUUGGUAUAUUCCGUUCAAAUAUAUCUACAAAUUCAGAACCCAGAUGAGAUUUGAUCUCUUCUCCCAUGAAUUCUCAAUGAAAUAUGGUGACAUGAGCUUAAACGACAACAGAUUAACAAGGCAAUAGAUUAUCAGCAACAGGUAUUGAAAAAAUAUUGAAAAAAGCAAGAAAAAAAGUGAGAUUUGAGAGUACCUUUCUGUGAUUAAAGUUUUGUUGUUGUUGGUUGGUUGGUUUGGAGAAGCGAUAACAUAUUGUAGUAAUGGAUUUCUGGCCAGAAUUCCUUGCAAGCAGUUGGGGUAGAGAAUUUGUCGCCGGUGGAUUUGGUGGCAUCGCCGGCGUAAUCUCUGGCUACCCUCUUGAUACUCUUAGAAUAAUGCAACAACAAUCGAUAUCUGGUUCUGCUUCGAAAAUCUUUCGCAAUAUCAUUGCUAACGAUGGCCCUGCUGGUCUUUUCAGAGGCAUGGCUGCUCCUUUGGCCUCUGUCACUUUUCAGAACGCCGCCGUGUUUCAGAUCUAUGCCGUUCUUUCUCGGGCAUUCAACUCCUCCUCUCAAUCCAAUGGAGACCCUCCAAGUUAUAAGGCUGUUUCAUUUGCAGGAGUUGGUACUGGAGCUCUUCAGAGCUUCAUCUUGUCGCCGGUGGAGCUUGUGAAGAUCCGCCUGCAAUUGCAGAGUUCAAGGCAUGCAACUUCUUCUUCUUCUUCUUCUUUUUCUCAUAGAGGUCCAUUGAGCGUCACCAAGAGCAUCUACAAAACAGAAGGAUUGAGAGGGAUUUACAAAGGACUUACCAUAACCAUACUCAGAGAUGCACCUGCACAUGGCAUCUAUUUCUGGACAUACGAGUGCAUGAGAGAGCAGUUUCAUCCUGGCUGCCGAAAGACCGGCCAAGAGAGCGUCGGAACAAUGCUGGUCGCCGGAGGGCUUGCCGGAGUUGCUAGCUGGGUUUUUUGUUAUCCACUGGAUGUAUUGAAGACAAGAAUUCAGGGUCAAACACAAAGUUCAUCUCGAAAGUACAAUGGGAUUGUGGAUUGUCUUAGCAAAAGUGUAAGAGAAGAGGGUUAUAGAGUGCUAUGGCGUGGACUAGGGACAGCAGUUGCCAGAGCGUUUGUGGUAAAUGGGGCCAUUUUUGCUGCUUAUGAGAUAACUUUGAGGUGUUUGUUUAGCAAUGGAAGCAAUCAUAGACAGCAAUAAAAGCUAUGAUUGCCCAAAUUUGUCACAAUCACAGAGUCCUAAAAUGAAAUGAAUUCCCUCACCCUUUGAUUUCUUGUUUUCAUCUUCUAUUUCAAUUCUGGUAUAAAAAUAAUGUAGCAAAGGAGGAUAUGCUUCAGAUUUCAUACAAAGUUAUGCUAAAGCCUUGAUUCCCCAAUU